AUGAUGGUAUCUAACGGUUCAUUGUGGUCUGUGGAGUCCCAACCGACAAGUCUCACACAGGUUGAAACGAUGGAAAGUGGCAAUAAUGACUGGCGCAAUAGCAACUAUCUGUCAGCAUUCAGAGUUCGGCCUAGGUAUCAACUAGCUGGCAGUUCAUUACAUAUAGACGGGGCCAAUAGAUUGCUCCCGGCAGUCUCAAACUCAACACGGCCAGUGUACAGGGCUCGACGCGCGCACCGAAAAUCGAGGACUGGCUGUCUGAGUUGUAAGCGUCGAAAGGUCAAAUGUGAUGAAGCAAAGCCACAAUGCCGGAGGUGCCGCAUGCACGGCUCCGUCUGUGAUUUUGCACUUCCGGGCAAUGAGGCACAUAAAAGAAUCACCAUGGCUUUGUCAACCUGUGGCACUUCGCUCGUUUGCAAUGGCUCGUUGGCAUUCGGCGCAAUGACGGCUAGCCUCGAUCAUAUCUUAUGGUCUGACAUAAGCAGCGAGAGACUGCACUCGUGUGGUCCAUGCGACUCUCUUGGAUCGUUUGGCCUGGCCAUGCUAGCACACUUUUCUCAGAUGGUAUCAGUGCACUCGCCUGCGUUUACCCCUAUUAAGAAGGUCAUGCGGGAGCGUACUAUCCCGGUAGCUCUUGGGGAACCGUGUCUUUUGUAUUCCAUAAUGGCAGUGGCAAGCACACACUGGGCUUGUGCUCUGCCCUCGGACCCAACGCAUACCCUAAUAGCCACUCGUUUGAGACACAAAGCCACCCGAGUAUAUCGACAACAACUCCAGUUACCAAUCGACCGAAAUAACAUGGACACGCUAAUCACAAGCUGCAUGUUGAUUGCAAUGUUCUCCUUCUCAGCUGAGACGACAACCCCGCUGGACUCCUGGGUUUUUUCAGAUGAUCCGGCCAACAUGAAUUGGCUCUCCGUCCAAGGUGGUUUACGCUGUCUCCUUGAGAUCACCAAGCCAUGGAUGGAAGAGAGCAUCUGGAAUGAACCGUUCCAGGAAACAAGCAACUACGAAUACGCUGAUGAUCAUCGAAUGGGUCGUGAAGAUCUCGAUCCCGAUCUGGCCGAUCUGUGCGAUAUUACCGAGACCACGACGGAAGAGACAAACCCCUUCCAUUGGCCUCUUCGUAUGCUGUGCCCCUUGCUGCGCAUCCCACGGCAUAAAUGCGGAGCGUCUCGCAUAACCAACUUCAUGGGUCGGCUGCUACCGGAUUUCGUGCAUCUGCUUGCUGCGAAGGAGCCCCGUGCUCUGCUUAUCUUGUCAUACUGGCUCGCACUAAUGUGUAUUUCUGUCGACGAGUGGUGGGUUGGUCCCCGCGUUACGCUUGAAUGUCAAGCUAUUUGUAUGUAUCUUGAAGCAUGCGGUGACAGGCGAAUUGUCGAGUUGCUUGAGUUUCCGGCAAGGGCUUGUGGAUACAAGUCAACCAGGUGA